AAUGACCAAAAUCAUCUCUUUACUUGUACUUCAAGCUCUAUUUUGCUUCACUCUCUUCCCUCUAAGCUACUCAGCCAACUCCCUUAUUGAAACCACAUGCAAACAGACUCCAUAUUUGGAUCUAUGCAUCUCGACUUUGGAAUCCGAUCCCCGGAGUUCGAGUGCUGAUGUCCCGGUACUCGGUUGCAUCGUGGCCGAUACUGCCAAUGCUAAAGCCAGUGCCACGUUGAAUCAGAUUUCAACGUUGCUUAAAAGUGCAACAGAUCCCAAAUUGAAAAAAGCCUUGAACGGGUGCGUUGAGUUAUAUAACAUGAUCAUCAAACAUGACAUCCCAGUGGCCAUUGACGCACUCGAAAAAGGCGACCCAAAAUUUGCUGUUGAGUAUGCAACUGAUGCAGGGAAUAAUGCUCAGGAUUGUGAAGAUCGCUUUGGAAAAAGCUCGACCAAUUCGCCCAUCUCCGGUGGAAAUAAGGCCGUGCAUGAUCUUAGUGUUAUUGUUGAAUCUAUUGCCUCUUUAUUACUCUGAGCCUCAUGUACUGAAAGACCGAUGCUUACAAAAUUUGCAACAAUAAUAUU